AUGAGUUCGAUUGGCGGUGCUGGAAUUGGCGCGGGUUUGUAUGCUGCGGUGAGCAAUCCUGCGCAAGUUGCUGCGCAGCCAGAGGAAGCGAGGGAUAAGAGGCAUCAUUUGAAGAAUGGGAAGGGGUUUACGAAUCCGUGGGAUAGUUAUACGGAGAUGGGUGCUUUACAGAUCUUCUGGGCGAUUAUAUCACGCAAACUCACCGGCCAAGCAAAAAAACCAGACACCACACCCCCCACCGUCCCCGUCCAAACACCCACGUUCCUCUCCACCCGCAAAACCCCCAAGCUGAGGGCUACAUGGCUCGGCCACGCGUGCUACUACGUCGAGUUCCCCGGCGGCCUGCGCGUACUGUUUGACCCCGUGUUCGAGGACUGCUGCGCGCCCAUCAAUCUGAAGAGCUUGAAACGCUUCACGCCGCCGCCGUGCGAGCUGGAGGACCUACCGGCCGUCGAUGUCGUGGUCAUCAGCCACAAUCAUUACGAUCAUCUGAGUUAUCCGACGAUACAGCGCUUGCAGAAGCGCUUCCCUGAAGCGCAUUAUUUUGCGCCGCUGGGGAAUAAAGUCUGGUUUGAGAAGUGUGGGGUGAGCAAGGUGACGGAGCUGGAUUGGUGGGAGGCACGAGACGUGAAGCUCGAGGCCGUCACAUCCGACUCCAAAAGCAACCGCACAGGUUCCGUUCCCGUCAACGGCGAAGGAGGUGUGGAGGGCGACAUUACAGCCACCAUCAGCGCCCUGCCCUGCCAACACAUCAGCGCGCGCACACCCUUUGAUAAGUGCAAAACCCUCUGGGCUUCCUGGAGCGUUGAGAGCGGCGGGAGUAAGGUGUAUUUCGCCGGCGACACGGGGUAUCGCACCGUGCCCUCUCUCCCCGAAGGCGUCGAUGAUUAUGGUCCGGACUUCGCGCACCUCCCUGUUUGCCCGGCUUUCAAGCAGAUCGGCACACACCGCGGGCCUUUCGAUCUGGGACUGAUUCCCAUCGGCGCGUACGAGCCGCGCUGGUUGUUCAGUGCUGUGCAUGCGAAUCCCAAGGACUCAGUGAACAUCUUCGUCGAUACAAAGUGUAGACAAGCGCUUGGUAUGCAUUGGGGCACGUGGGUGUUGACCGAGGAGGAUGUGUUGGAGCCUCCGAGGAAGUUGAAGGAGGCGCUGGAGUGGAAGGGCGUUGAGCCGGGGAGGUUUGGGGUGGUGGAUAUUGGGGAGACGAGGGAGUUUGAGAGAAGUGCCUAG